AUGUCUCACACUAACGGGAGCACCAACGGUCACAGCAAUGGGCACAAUGCCUCAUCUAUCUCCAGCGCUACCAAACUUCGUCAGAGGCUGGAAUCCAACGAGAUUCUGAUCGCACCGGGUGUUUACGAAGGUUUCAGUGCACGCAUUGCACUUGAGGUGGGAUUUGAGUGCCUCUACAUGACCGGAGCUGGCACUGUCGCAUCCAAGCUUGGCCAGCCCGAUCUUGGCUUCGCGUCCCUCAACGACAUGCGCGAACACGCCGAAAUGAUCGCAAACCUCGACAAUUCUGUACCUUUGAUCGCUGAUGCCGACACCGGCUACGGUGGCCCCAAUAUGGUGGCUCGAACCGUUGCGCAAUAUCACCGCUCCGGCGUUGCUGGCCUCCACAUUGAGGAUCAAAUUCAGACCAAGCGAUGCGGUCACCUUGGCGGCAAGGCCGUUGUCGAUAUCAACAUCUUCGAACAGCGCAUCGCUGCUGCUUAUAAAACUCGCAGAGACCUUGGUUCUGACAUUGUUAUCAUUGCCAGAACCGAUGCUCUACAGACCCAUGGUUUCGAUGAGGCUAUUCGCAGGCUCCAGGCUGCCGUCAAGGCUGGCGCGGAUGUCGGCUUCCUCGAAGGUAUCACUACAGAGCAAGAGGCUCGGGAAGUAUGCAAUAUCAUGGCCCCCACGCCUAUGCUGCUUAACAUGGUCGAGCAUGGAGCAACUCCAUCGUGGACACCUAUUGAAGCCAGGGAGUUUGGGUUCAAGCUAAUUAUCUUCCCUUUUGCAUCCAUCGGCCCUGCUUACCAGGCUAUUAAGGAUGUAUUCAUUCAGAUCAAAGAGACGGGAAGGACUGGAUUAGAUAAAAAGUUUACCCCUAAGAAGCUUUUUACUAUCGUGGGACUGGAGCAAGCGACGGCUCUGGAUAACACUGUAGGUGGCAGUCUCUAUAGCAAGGUGUAGAGCUUAAAAGCUUUUCUGAAGAGUCUUAAGGCUAUGAAGUAGUAUGAGAAUAUUCUAAACUUUUUUCCCUU